AGGAAAUUGAUUGCUAUUUUGUCAGUGUGAUAGUGCAAUGUUCCAGUGUUCUUCCAAAUUUAAAGUGGUUAUUUAAACGUAAAAAUGAGUGAAUCGCCAUGUAUUACGUACAUGGCGCUUUAUAUUUUGACGUUUCAUAUACUUCAAACAAAUUCCCGAACAUCAACAUUUUGGAAAUUGAAUGUUGAGGACGGGAAAAUAAUAGAAGUCAACCAGUUCCCUAGUGUUGUUACUUCUGUUUUGCCAAACGAUGACAACGACGAUCCUAUAUUCAAUAUUAUUACAUCUACUGUUCAUUACGGGAAGAGUUGGACCAAGAGAAGCUCCGAAAAUUAUUGUACGGAUUGCCAGUCAAUAAACUCCUCGUCGAAUAGGUCUGACCCAUAUGACGCAGAGGUUAAUAAAACAUCACACCGUCAAGAAUCAGAUAUUGACGACGAGAUAUUGGAUUGUGGGAAAACUGUCAACUUCACAUAUUAUGACAAUUUGGUUGGUAUCGCAAAUCGCAUGAACCACCCAAAUGUUCCUGAACCUCAGGUAGCAUUGAUCUUCAAGAAGCGCAACGCAGAACUAGACAUUGAAGGAUUGGAGAGGAGACUGAAAAAGGCAAAGAGAGAGAAACCAAAAUCAGUCCAGCUGUAUAACCAGAUUGGAAACUUCUUCAGAAUCAAGGGAGACACGACCAAAUCAAUUGAGUGUUUUAGGCGUGCACUUGCUGUGUCACCCCAUAAUGCCGAGGUGUUGUUGAACCUAGCGCGAGUCAUGUUUAACCUGCAGUACUUGGAUGAUGCCAUCUACCUUACUCGCCGGUCUCUGGAGGUUCAGCCCCCAGAUAAGAGCGCCUGGCAGCAGUAUUUCACCUUGGGCGAAAUUUUUAAGGCUUAUGGACACUACCAGGAGGCCACGCUGCAUCUGCGUCACUGCUUGGAGCUGCGGCCGGAGUUUGAGCCCGCACUGGCAACACUGCGAGACAUGGAAGCUCUUCCUGACAACAACAUACACAUCUACACUGUCCUCAUCAUCAUCUUCCUGGUGCUGGGCGUGUUGAUAACGGUGGUGUCGUCGUGUGAUUCCAACCUCGACUCGGAGUUUGCCGAGGUGAAGGCCCACCGACACUUCAACCGCGCGAUGGCCAUGCGCUCCCUCAAGAUGGGUAUAUCGCCACGUGCGCUGCGCACCAAGCGUUACAACGGUGGUUGCGGCUAGGCCGGCCAUCUGCACUUCUCUCUUUUUAUACAGCACAAAUUCCUUAGAAAUCACAUACUUCAUAGACGUAUCGUACCUUCUCGGUUUUAUUAUUGAUGUAAAAUUUCUUUGAUGUUGACGUUCGAAUGGCAUUGUUUGUUGACAAGGUAGACGAUCGAGUGAAAAUGCAAUCUUGGAAACACUAAUCAGUCGGAUGGUCCUAAGCUGAACUGAGGUUUGUAAAUGUCUCUUGUAGUUUUACGUAGUGUUUGUUGUUUGACAUGAAAACAUACCUAAAUACUUAGUUUUUGCAAUGACUUACAUUGAGUUCUGUUAGGAUAAUUAUUAGUCGGUAUUUUUACCACUAUAAUCUUACAUAAAAUGUUACUUUUAGAUUUUUGCUAUUUAGGAUUGGAGUCAACCAUAAUCUAGUAAGAGGGAUACUUGUUUUGUUGACAACACUAAUAAUUAAUAAUUUUUCUUUUCAUGAAUUUAAAUUUUCCAGAAGUACUAAAAAGAGUUUUUGUCCAAGACGUUAUUUCUUAGUGGUCCAAUUUGGGAUUGGAAUGAACUAGCAACCAGGAUGGAAUAGAUGUACAGAAAUGAUGGGAAACUCAUUAAGAGUUAAUAAUCUAGUCAUUCUAAAUUAGUGAGGUAAUGUAUUUAUUUUUGUAAAAAUUACUUUCUGAAUAGUGUUUCUAAAAUAGCAUAGUUUUAGUUGUAACUUUUUUUGCUUUUCCAAUUUAUUUUUGGAGUUCUAAUAGUAUUUAUCUGAAGUAAACUAUUGUCUUAGUGUUUUUCAGAUCUAGAACCUCCAAUUUCCUUUAUUGAAUUCUGAUCUUUAUAAAAGUACAAAUCAAUAUGAAUAUCAUUAACUUGGUAGGAAGACUAGAAAGAAGUUCAAAGUUCAAUAAGCUUGUUCACUUGGAAAAAUUAGUCAUUCAUACUGUUACACAAUUUAGAAUACAGGAAGUUAAAACUGAGAUAAAAUCACAGCAAUAUUACGGAUAUAAGUAAGAACACAAACCAUUUGUUGAGGAUGAAAGGGGGAUUGAAAAAAAAAUUUUAAAGAAAAAUGUUAUUCUAAAUUUUUUUAAGAAAAAUUUUGGUAGAAAUUAUAUUCAGUAUUAUUAUCAAUAUCACUUUGGAAGGCACUUAAAAGCUAUUUUAUACCCAGAUUUAAUGUUAGGGCACAACCAACUGUUAGUUUUACAGUUAGUGGUUUAGAAACAUAUUACAUUCUUUCCCAGUCAGUAAUAAGCUUUAGGAAAAAGUUCAAUAUUAAGUUUAUCUAAUGAUUCUUUGUGUCUGUCUGCUGUCUGUAAUUUUAUUCCGUGAGUCAGUUGUAUAAUCUUUUCUUCCCAAAUUAAAUCCGAAUACCAAAAGGAUUAAAAAGAAUUAUCCAAUAAAUCAUUUUCUUUUGAAAAGUUGUGGUUUUAUUUUUUUUAUUUUAUUAACUCUUACUGUGAAAUGUCAAGACUUGCUUGUGGAAUAAAUUUUAACAAUAACAAAACAACUGAAAAGAUUGAAUCUUGAUAUUUAGGAACUUUUAACUUCUUUCAAUUCAUUGGGAUGAGUCUCAUUAUUAUUGACUUCAAAUGGUUGUGAAUAUUGUUAAUAUUAAUAUUGUGUUCAGUAACUUUUAUUUGCUCUUUACUCGAGUUGGCACUUAUCUUUAUUUGUGUUACAUUUAUUGUCACAAAAUCCUUGCAAAAUGUCCAGUUGUAAAGAAUUUUAUAUUUUCAAUAUGUGCCAUAUUGUAAACUUCAUUAGAGUUAGCUUUAUUUUCUGUCAUUUGUUGUACAUAAUUUAUGUAUAAGAUAAUUUUUUGUACUUAAGGAAUAAAUUUGUGUUGAUUAAUGAA